CAUGUUCUGACGCCUGCUCCUCGAGUCCUGCCCAUGUUUUGGUGCCGGCUUCUCUGGUACUGCGCAUGUUCGGACGCCGGCUUCUCGGGCACUGCGCAUGUCUCGGAGCCGGCGGUGUCGUGAUGGCGUCCCAGUUUGUUAGAUUGUCAGCACUUCCAGCUGGCCUGGGCAUGGUCUCUUUCAAAGUAUAUGCUUCAAGUAAAAGUCACCAGGACAAGUAUUCAAUCAAGCCUGAGCAGCUUUCAGUUUACACAGAACCUCCCACAAACUCUAAGUACAUAAGUGAACAGCCUGGUUGGCUGCUCCAGCGGAUUAUUGUUGUGAGACAAGCAUUUGAACCAUUUGCAGCUCAAUGCAAGGGUGUAUAUAAUGUUAUGAAAAAUAGUACAACGAAUAUGAUUGCAUUUGGGAAAGAUGCCUAUAUCUUUCUCAAGGAUCCACCUGAAGGAUUCUUCCCAAGAGUGGGUGUGAUAACAGUAUCUGGAUUGGCUGGAUUAAUUCUAGCAUCAAGAGGAUCACGGGUUAAGAAGAUGGUAUAUCCUGCGGGACUUGCAAGUGUGGGAAUGGCCAUUUGUUACCCUCAACAAGCCAUUUCAGUGGCAAAGUUUUCUGGUCAGAAGAUGUAUGCUGUCAGCCAGGGGAGUUAUGAGGCAGUUCGAUCUCUCUGGAAAAGAAGUAGUGAAAAGAAAAAGGAAGACUUGGAGACCACUAAAGUGAAGGAGGACCAGCCAAAGCAAGAGAUACUUGGUGAAUUAGAGAACAGCGAUUCUCCGCUUGAAGAGGAAUUGCCUCAAAAACUACAACAGCCAGAAGUUAUCUUUGUGCCAACAGGAGAAAAACAAAUGACUACACUUGACCCCAAAUUGAUGGACCAUGGUCAGUCAAGUCCUGAAGACGCAGAUUUGUACAGCACUCGAAGUUAAGGACACACAUGACUGCAGACGCUUACAAUAUGCUUUCUGGUAUUUCAAGGAGUCUUUAUUGGAAGUGGAACAAAUUUGUAUAUCCAGAAAUGUUGAUGACCACCAUUUAUGCUAAAGUGUGAAUUUUUCAUUAUGCAGUGUGUAUUUAUUUAUAUCUGUCAAAAUGUGUUGAUUAUAAACCUGUCUCCUAAAAUUUUACAUAUUCAAUUGACACAUUUUAAUAAAGAAAUGAGAUUGCUGUUCCUGUUUA